UAUUUUUAGUCGCUCUGACUGUUGGUACUGAGAUUUCCUCUUUCAAGCUCUCCAUGUCUAUCUCCCACCCUUCAAUCCCCUUGUCUAAAGCCCCAGGUUCUCCUUUUACCCUAGACCACUUGCUUGCCUUCUGUUUCUCUGUCUCGCUCUUUACUGUCCACCUCUUCUUUCUCUUUCUCUGUUUAUCUGUCUGUUCCCUUUUCCCCACUUCCUUGAUUUCCAGUCCCCAAGCCUCUGUUUCCCCCUCCUCACCCCAAUUCUCUCUGCCUCCCGUCCUCUGUGUCUCCCCUUCUCUGCACUCUGUCCUGCACCUAUUCCCCUUCCCCUCUGCGCUCUGCUCUCUGUCUCCUUUCCCCCUUCUCUCAUGCGUCUCUUCCUUCCCUACCCCUUUUCUUUCCAAAUGUCUGUAUCCAUGUCUUCCUCCCCUUUCUCUGUCUACCAACCCACUCCUUUCUCACAUGAAUCAAAUUAACCAGAGAAGCAGUGACGCUGUUUCAUGUGACAUUCUCCCCAGAAAUAGUCCAGAAACUCAUCACAAAUCUCACUCCUUCCUCUCAUCUGAAUCCCCUUCCUCUUCUCUCUCUCUCAUCUGACCUAUCCCACAUCAGUAACGUUUUUACUAGGUUCCAACUUUGCAUUUCUGAAGUUUACAGCUUUGGUCUUUUUAGCUGCUAAAGUUAGCGAUUCUUUACUUCUCUUUGUGUGGCUGACUUCAAGACCGUUUCAGUUGAGCUGUCCAUCUGCAGCACGUGGUCCAGAGGUGGCCCUGCCCUUCUCUGAACUGAGCUGUGAGAAACCGAUCAGGCAGCUCCUCUUCCCUGCCCCCUACCCCACCCCUGUUCUAUCUGAAACAGGUGAAAGGUCGCUGGCAUGGCGAUCCGGAUUCCGGAUGAGGUUCCUGAUGGUGGUUGGGGUUGGGUGAUUGUUCUGUCAGCAUUCCUAAUGUCGGCUCUGGUGUUUGGUGUCAUCCGGUCCUUUGGUGUGUUCUUUGUGGCGUUUGUGGAGUACUUCUCCGAGGCUUCGAGCACUGUGUCGUGGAUCACAUCAACCGCUAUCGCCAUUCAGCAGUUUUCCAGUCCCAUAGCCAGUGCUCUCAGCAAUUACUUUGGAGCCCGUUCUGUGGUGAUGCUGGGUGGUUUUCUUUCUAGCUUGGGGCUGGUAUUAGCUUGUUUAGCUACAAACCUGAUUCAUCUUUACCUGUCGAUCGGACUUCUCUCAGGCUUUGGCUGGGCACUCGUCUUCACCCCAUCCGUUGCCGCUGUUAGUCGAUAUUUUAACAAGAGGCGGACUCUGGCAAUGGGGAUGGCUUUCACUGGAGUUGGCAUUGGCUCCUUUGUCUUCUCCCCACUCUUCCAGUACCUAAUUGAUGAGUACAUGUGGCAGGGGGCACUGCUGAUCAUUGCGGGCAUGAUGCUCAACCUCAUGGUGUGUGGUGCGUUGAUCAGACCCCUGACCCUGAAGGAAGACCUGGUUCGUGCAAUGGCUCCAGGAGAGGACUCAUUAUGUUGUCAAGGUGCCAGGAAUGUGAUCUUCGACCUGCUGGACCUGAGCCUGCUCCGACACUGGCCCUUCCUGACCUUGGUGCUGUCUGUCACCUUGAUAAAUGCUGGCUAUUUUGUGCCUUAUGUCCACUUUGUGGCCCACGCUCAGUCCAUUGGCUUUGAUGAGUACCAGGCCGCAUUCCUGAUGUCAGUGGCAGGAGUGAUGGACCUGAUUGGUCGGCUGCUCUCCGGCUGGUUCUCUGACUUACGCAAGCUGCGCCUGGUUCACAUCCUGAUCCUGUGGACCAUGCUGACAGGACUGAGCUUGCUUGCCAUCCCCUUGGGUCGCACCUACCCUGUGCUGAUGUUGAUUGGCAUGGCCUACGGGUUCUGCGCUGGGGCCUUGACACCUGUGGUGUUCUCCUUACUGCCUGAGAUAGUCGGGAUUGGGAGGAUUUACGGAGCGUUGGGCCUGCUGCAGAUGUUGGAGAGUGUAGGGGGACUGCUGGGAGCACCAAUAUCAGGCUGGCUGCGCGAUGCAACUGGUAACUACACGGCUUCCUUUGUGGUGGCAGGUACUUUCCUCCUGCUCAGCAGCCUGGUUCUGAUUGGUAUUCCUGGUGCCUUGUCCUGUUCCUGUCUCCCGCCUGCCAGGCAUUCCCAGACAAAGAACACGAAGGAGGAGGAGGAAGAGGAGGAAUGCAAGUCUAUGGCUGACUCAAAUGGAUCUGGGCUGGAGGCGCAGUGCGUCCCGAUUGAGCCCAGCAGUAUUGCUUGCAGAAACACAGUGGUGGCCUGAAUUAAGAAACGCAUUAAUGCUGGGAGUGGAUGUUGAUGUUUAAAUUGAGCUGUCUCCAACUCCAAGUGAGAUUGGAGUGAGAAUUGACGCCAUUCUAUCAGCCAUUGCAGGCUGGAAGUUGGAUGGAAUCCAUGGCAAACAGAGUCUAUUUAAACAGAGCUUCUACAGAGUACAGGAAAUGGGCUAAAAUCCCCGAGGACAAAUCCCUCAGCAAAAGGCAGUAUGUUGUUGAUGGUGACAUGAUACAAAUUUGAUGCAUAAAAUCAUUAACUUUACAAUGGUAUUGAUUAAGGGAGGUACUAGCAAAUCAUCUCCAUUAGACUGGAACUCAUUAUGCCACAGUAACCUAUUAAUGCUCACUACCUCUUUAACACUUGCCCAUUUUCUCCCAUUCCACUCCCAAUUAGUGAUAGCUGUUUGUAUAGGCACUGGCUCAGCCUGACUGGCAGAGUUCGCAGUUCAGAACCAAGUCUAGUUGUGCAUUUGUUGAUCUUGGCAGAGAAUGGGCCAGGCUGUAGUCCUCAUCAGUGCCUCUGAGUUGAAAGAAUCAACUUCCUGCCUGCUGGAAAGACUGUGUCCAUAUGGUUGAUGGUAAGAGCUGGUGUGAAGGUUGCCGUUGUUGAAUAGUUCAUUAGUGCUUGUUGUUAGCAGGCUCCUGCAGAUAUAACGCCUGAGGUAGGUGGCAUUGUGAGGAAGGAGCAGAAAGUGGGAAGGCAGAGACGCUUUUAUUAGCAGUGUGGAGAGCUGCCAGACUGCAGAGCACUCAACUUGGAGCUUUUAGAAAGAGCAGUUAAACCACGUCAACCCACCACCACUGUCACUUGGCUCUUGAGACAGUGCCUCCUGUCUUGGGCCCCAAAUUAUCAUAUCGAAGACAUGAUAAGUUCUAACUCCCAACUGAUAUAAUCAUUGAAAUACUAUAUUAACUAACUCAGGGCAACUGGAAUUCAGUCAGACUUCAACUUCUUAGCUUUCUUCAACUUAACACACAGACUUGGUGAUUGUGUUAACCUGUGAAAUGGCAUUUGGAGAGCGUGGAACAACUGAAGGUGGGAAUCUCCUUAUCGGGGACACUGUCAAAAUUGUACUCACUGGCCCUGUUCUCUUUCCCUCUGGACCUACACCGGUUUUAUGCCUUCGAACCUGGCAGUCGGGUUUGACUAUAACUUGGGUAGGGUUAUAAGUGGGUGAUGUGACUAAUUUGAAGGGGAAGGCAGGUGUCUCCUGUUGGCUUUCUCAGUGAGAUUUCUCAGGAAUCCCCUGCUCCUGAGCGCUACCAAAAAAACCUGCCUGUUCAUUGCUGCAUCUCAAAUAGAAACUGAGAAUGUUCAAACAAUAAAAUCAUUUUAAAAAAUA